AUGACAAAUCAAGUUGUAACAAAAUAUGAAAAAUUAGAAAAAAUUGGAGAAGGAACAUAUGGAAAAGUUUAUAAGGCAAGAAAUCGAGAAACCCAUGAAAUUGUUGCACUUAAACGUGUUCGACUAGAAAAUGAUGAUGAAGGGAUUCCUAGUUCAGCAUUUCGAGAAAUAUGCCUUUUAAAAGAAUUAAAGCAUAAAAAUAUUGUCAGACUAUUUGAUGUCUUACUUAGUGAUUCAAGACUAACAAUUGUAUUUGAAUAUUGUGAUCAAGAUUUAAAGAAGUAUUUUGACAGUUGUAAUGGUGAAAUAGAUCAGAACACUGUGAAGCUGUUUAUGUUUCAACUUUUACGUGGUCUACAGUUUUGUCAUAGUCAUAAUGUUUUGCAUCGAGAUUUGAAACCGCAAAAUCUCUUAAUCAAUGAUAAUGGAGAAUUAAAACUAGGUGAUUUUGGUUUAGCUCGUGCUUACGGAAUACCUGUUCGUCAAUACUCAGCAGAGGUUGUUACACUCUGGUAUCGACCACCGGAUGUAUUACUCGGCGCUAAAUUGUAUACAACUUCAAUUGAUAUGUGGUCAGCUGGUUGUAUUUUCGCUGAAAUGUCUAAUGCUGGACGACCUCUUUUCCCUGGUUAUGAUGUUGAUGAUCAAUUACAAAGAAUUUUCAAGUAA